UGAAUUGGAUGCUUAUUUUGAUUUGGCUGUGAAGAUAACUAAAACUGGUGGCCAGUUGAUUCGAGAUAGAAUAUGGAAGACGAAAAGUGUCAAGACGAAAGCCAGCGAAUCUGAUCUAGUCACUGAAACGGACCAUGAAAUAGAGGCAUUAUUCAUUGAUGACAUCACCAAAGCAUACCCCAAUCACAAGUUUAUUGGUGAAGAGACCACAGCCAGUGGUAAGGAGGUCACAUUAACUGAUGAUCCAACAUGGAUAAUAGACCCUGUCGAUGGAACUCUAAAUUUUGUCCACGGCUACCCGAACGCAUGCAUAUCCGUAGCUCUUGUUGUAAAUAAGACGUUAGAAAUUGGAAUCAUCUACAACCCUGUGUGUGAAAUGUUAUUCACUGCUCGAAAAGGCAGAGGCGCUUUUCUCAAUGGAGCACCCAUUAAAGUCUCCAAAACAAAAGAACUGUCUAGGUCGUUAAUCACUAUCGAGUUUGGUACAAAGAAGAGUAAAGAAGAGUCGGACAUAGUGAUGCAAAACAUAAAUAUCUUGCGGCCAUUAACUCAGGGAAUCAGGUGUAUUGGCUCUGCAGCCUUGAAUAUGGCCAUGGUUGCUCUCGGCGGCUCGGAUGCGUAUUUUGAAUACGGAAUCCAUGCCUGGGAUUAUGCAGCAGGUACACUUUUGAUCCAAGAAGCUGGUGGUGUUGUGAUAGAUCCGGCAGGUGGCCCAAUUGAUUUGUUCAGCUGUCGAAUGCUUUGUGCCAGUACCCCUACUCUUGCUCAAGAAAUAAGUAAGCUUAUCAAACAGCACUACCCUACAAGAGAUUUAUGAAGAAGCACGGACGAUUCUGUUUCGAUUUCCUGACCAGAUUCUCCGACUGUGCAACCUUAAGCAUCGCUACAUCACCUUGUCUCAUGACCUCUAAAAACGUUGAAAGUGAGUGACUUAAUAAUCGCUUUUGUUAUUUUUAACUAUUCAUUUCGUGUAAAAUCAGGUUAAGUAUCCUAACUUCUGAAAUUAAGUAAAUGUUGACUAAUGUUGUCUGUUAAAACUAAGAAUUUUAUUCUAUGCCUGGAAAUUGUUGUUUUGAUGACUGAUGUGAUAAGGCUGACUUAACGAACACAUGUUUAGUCUAUAAUGUUAAAUCUUAAGGAAAGAAACCUGUGUAAAUUCUGCCUUGGAUUAAUGUUUUUUUUUGUUCUAUUUUUUCCAUUCGUAAUUACAGAACGGAAAAGUUUGGAAAAUUUUGUCCAAGCGGGAUAUUUGCUGCGAGUUGAUAUUAACAUGAAGUGUGCUUUCUGAUUAAAAUCGUAAAUUUUGAUAAAGAAAUGCACAUAUACAAUGAUACUUCACAUUUCUUGCUAUAACCUGAAGUUCCUUGGACAUUUUUCCGGAAAAUAUUGCUGGGAAAUUUUUGGGUGCUCUUGGCACCCAACUUCCUUUGAAAAAUUAAACUUGUAUUGAUAAAUAAAUACCUAAUUUGUAAAACUAA